GUUUGCUUGUUUGCGUUGCUGCCCCGUUGCUGCACUGCUGCUGACUGCUGCUGCAUAUUGUCUGCUUUUCCCAACUCUCAAACUCCCAUCUCUCAGUCCCUCUUGGAGUUUUGGGCCUCCAAAUUUUAUGGCACUACUGUGCCCGUCAUCACCGUGCCUGCACAUUGUCAUGCGAUUCAUGGAUGAUGGACAGAGGAAGGACCCAUCAGAGGUUCAGUCUUCCCCAACCAGCACCGGCACUGCCUUCCCUCCUAGACCAAAUUUUCAUCCUUUCUCUCCAUCUUGGAUACCUACAACCAUCAAUGGCAGCCAUGUCAGUAGCUCUAGCUCUCCUACAAUCAUACCUACGGAUAGGAGCUCGGAUCAUCGUAACAUACAAGAUAUGCCCUCUCCGUAUUCACACAUGCAGAAUUGGGGAAAUGGUACACACCCACCUGGAGGGUUUAUGAGCUACUUCCAGCCUAAUAUGUCUCAAAAUUUUCAUUUUGUGGGCGCACCUCCACAGUUCGCUCCAGUCAAUUGUAAUGGUUCUUCACCACCACUAGCGGAGACGGCUACGCCACCCACACGUCAUGUGAACCAAAACCCCAUCAGUAUUGACAGCGAUGAUGACACUGACAUCGUGAGCGCUUGGCUGAACAAUUCAAUGGACCCAAUUAAUGGCAAUAAUAAGAAGGCUGAAAAAUAUUGGGGAGAUGUUGCCAAGGAGUAUAAUAAAACCACAGAACAAAAGAGAUGGAGAAACUCAAAACAAGCCAAGGAGCGUUGGCACAACAUCAAUGCUCGGUUAGAUUUGUUCCAAGGGUGUUGGUUGAAGGCAAAGAGGACAUAUACCAGUGGUUAUUCAGACCAAAUGUGGAUUGACAUGGCACAAAAGUUCCACGCGGAAGAAAAUCCAAAAUUAGGACAUUUUGUCCUAACAGAGGUAUGGAACAUAUGUCGUGAUCAACCUAAGUGGAUUGCAUGUAAUGACGCAUUGAAGAGAGUUCGUAAAAGGAAUGCAUCCGAUAAUAGAGAGCCAACAGAGGAAGCAUCAGCAAAUACUGAUUUUGAAGAACCACCACGGCCAAUAGGCCAAAUGGCUGCUAAAAAGGCUGCACAAGAAAGUAAGGGGAAGUCAAAGGUUACUACCGAUAUUGAUGAUAUAGAAAAGUUGGAGCAAGUUCAAGCUGAUAUUCAGACAAGGCGAAUCAAAAUGAUGGAAAUGCAAGACAUGUUAUCUGCCCGUCAGGUUAAGUCAUCAAAGCUUUCACAAAUUGCUGCCCGAGAAAAUAUAUUAGCAGCAAAGGAUAAUAAGGAGGCCAAGAUGUUUGAUACCUACAGUCGUCUACUCACACAAGACACAAGAAGUAUGACCGCUGAAAUUAGAGCUGAACAUGCCACUGCCAUAAGAUGUUUGAGGAAGAUCUUGUUUCCAGACUCCAUUUGAGUGCAGAGGAUUACGAACGAGAAGAUGGCAUUGGACUUACUAAUCACUGGACAUUCAUAACAUAGCUUCUCAUAUGAGCAAUUACUUAUGGACAUGCUUAUGUGCACCUCUGCUUUGCAGGAAGAGCAAAGAACCGCAAGCUUACUUUGGGAUCAUGCAGAUUACAGGCAUCAAGUUUUGUUAUUUUUAAAUAAGUUCAUUAUUGAUGUGAGAAUCCAGAUUUUCUGGAUGCAGAUGUAUGAAGAUUCUUGCUAUGUGAAAACUGAUUAUUACAUACAGUACUGGUUUAAAAUAAUCUGGCAACACAUGAAAGAAAAACGUGAUUUUGUUCUCAGUAAUGGAGAUUACAGAAUAUUC